AGAUUUACAAAAUUAUUUCUUACAAUAUCAUUAUCAACAGCAACAAGUGAACAGAUUACCAUUAUCAUCAAAAAAUGGCCAUGACCAGAAUUAUCACCAAUUACAAUCGACAAAUUUACCAUUUGUCGAUAAUGUUGGAACAGUCAUAUUCAGAUGUGAUGAUGAAAUCACCGAUGUUACUAUGGCUGAUGAUUGUUAUUAUGAUAAUAAUUCCCCAUGCGAUCCAGGAGAUAAAAGUUUUCUAGCAUUAGAUGGCCAGCUCAAUGAUCCGAAUUCUAAUCAUGGCAAUGAACAAGAAUAUUGGCGUAAUACACUUGAUUGUGAUUAUCGACAAUUGUCAAAUGAAGUGGCUCAAUCAGCCAUUGUAUCUGCAAGUAAUUUAUCCGAUACAGAUUGUAAUAAUAGAUUUAUAAGUGAAAAGCCACCUAUUCAUGAUGAAGAUCGAAUUGAAAAUGCAAUCGAUAAACUAAUUCAAUCAUCAAAGAACAAUGUUAUCAUUGCUGACAAACCCCCGAAACAUUUAAGUCGAAAAAAGAGGAAAAAACUAUACAGAAAAUCCAAAGGAAUAGAUUUGACCAAUAAAAGUAAAUCGAACGCAAUAAACAAUGAGCAACAAUUGGCAAAUAUUGAUUUGGAUUCGGUUGUGAUUGAUGAGGAUGAUGACUCAAUAAAUAUCGAUGGUAUUGAGCUAGCUGAUAUCGAUAAAUUGGAAUUUGAUGAACUAAUAACAUAUUACAAUAAAUUAAAAGAAGAGUUUACAUUAUUAAAUUUUUCAGAGCAAUCAGAAGUGUUGGAUAAAGAUGAUGGAACAACAGUAGCUGCAACGGAAAUACCAAUUUUAGAUUUUGAUGAGAUUAGCUCAACCGAUAUUGAUGAUAAUGACGAUGAUGAUGGAUCAGAUUCAAUGGCAGCACCAUCAAUGCAAUCGGUGGAUUCAAAUUCUAAUAUCUGUCUCGAUGAUGUGGUUGUUGAACAGCCACAACAACCAUUAUUGGACAAUGAUGAUGAUAAUGUCAAUAAAACAAUCGAUGAGGUUAUUCCGAAUGCGACUGAAGAUGAAAGCCAUCAACCACAACUGGAAGAAAAUUCAAACAACGACAAUUCAACCAAUUGGUUAUUGAAUGAACAGAUUUUACGUGAAAAAUUAAUCCGUUCGAUGAUGGAAAAGAAAAAACAAAUGACAAAUGAAAAUUCAUCUACAGAAUCACCACCACAAACGCAGCAACAACAACAACAGCGUGGUAGUCCAUUAUCUGUAAUCAAUUGUAAUGGAAAUUCAACUUCGACUAUAGUAUCAAAUAAUUUGGUCAUCACAGAAUCAUCGAAACCAAAAAUAGAUUUAUCUCAUUAUCGAUUGGUAAUUCAUCUUUCAUCAGAUGAUGAAUCUGAAAUAGAACUUGUUGAAGUGAAUAAAUGUUCAAAUACUGUGGUUAUGGCAUCGACAUCAUCAUCAUCAUCAACAAAAACGAUAACAUCAGCAACAAAUGCGAAUACAUCUGUAAUAAAAAAAUUAAGUAAAAGUCAACAACAAGAAUAUGAAAAAUUACGUAAAGAAAUUGAACGUCGUGAGGCAUCCGCUGUUGCUCAAGAAAAAAUGUCAAUACAAUCGAAAAAAAUGGAUUCACUUCGAAAAUCAUUGAAUGCACAUGAAUCUCGUUAUCGACAAACAAUUGUAAAUGUGGAACGUAAAAAAGGAUCAAUCAAUGGAUUGAAUAGAAAAUUUGUUACAUUGAAAAAGAAAUUGACAAAAUCCAAGAAUCGAUUACUCAAGUUAAAACAUUCAUAUACUUUGGCACAGAAAAGUCAUAAAUUAUUGGCCAUACAAUUACAAUUGUCAAUGAAAGAAAUGAAUGUUCUGAAACAAUCAAUGUCCAAUGAUUCGACUGAAUUACAAAAACAUCAUACGGCUUGUAUGCGAAUCGGUCGCCAAUUACAUGGACCACAAUAUCAGUUAGCAAUACAGCCAUCAAAGUCUCAAAAACAGCUAGUUUUUUCAGAAUCUCAGCAAAUAAAUGGCAAGAAAAAAUUACAGAAAAAACAGGCAGAGAAGAAGAAACAAAAGGAAAAUCGGUUACAAUCGUUACGUUAUUUCCGAAACCGGAUUCAAUCGUCUAUGAGAAAUUUUGCAAAUGCGAAUACAGUAUUCAUUCUGUUACAACAUUGUGUUCAUUUUAAUUUUCGUCUUAUUCAUUCUUCACGUUUUUUUCAAUCAAAAUGUUCGAUACCUUUCAGUGAUUUUACCGAGAAUAGUUCACAACGAUUGGAUUCAAAUCAACUAGAUCGUUAUUGUACCGGUUUGGAUUUCCAUAAUUACCAAAGUGUUCUUUGUCAUUUUAAUUCAUAUCGUUUUGCCGAUAUGGACGACGAUUCAAUGUCCGAUAGAUCGACAAUGGAUUUCUGGUCAAAUGGUCUAUCACCAAUGGCUAGAAUUUGUCAUUUUGAUUUAAUGGGUGCCUGUAAUGAUCAAACAUGCUGUCAUCAACAUCAAAAAGAUUAUCUUUAUGGUCCACGAGAGAAAUUACUCGAUAUCUUGGCAUAUUCUGAAGAAUUUUCUGCCGAAAUUCCGUUAGAUGAACUGAAAAAAAAUCCACGAUUAUUAGCUGAAAAAUUGGAUGAAUUUCUCCGCCGUAAACAGCUAACGCUGGAUGACAAAUUAUCGCUAAAUGAAAUUGCCAAAAAAUUUGCUCAAUCUAUAUUUUUGAAUGAUCAAUCAAAAAUAUCCCUCUCAAGUCUAUUGAUACGAUUGUUUCCCAAAGAAAUGAUACAGAUUUCAAUGGCUGCUGAUCGUAAUAAUUCAUUUCAAACGAAAGUUCCAUUCGAUGAUUAUCGUUAUCGUUUUGAUCAUCGAUCAUUAGAUGAUCUAUUUGAUUUAAAAUUAGAUAGAUUAGUAAAUGAUUAUAAACAGAUUGAUCCCGAUUUAUUUAUACAGUAUCGUUAUUUUGCACCGGAAGGUGUGCCAAUCACUGCCCAGCUUGAAUCAUCCUUGGCUAUAGAUCCACAUAAUGUACAGAUGUGGAUUAAUCUUGCCUAUUAUCAUCUGAGUAAAAUUAGUGCAGCAAAUGAAGAUCGUCUUUAUUGUAUGGAUUCAGCAUUAAAUGUCCUUACAAGAGCAUUGGAAUCGAAUCGUAACUGUGGAGAAUUGUAUGAACAUUACCUGUUGAUAUGGGUGAAUCGAUUGGAUUUAUUACACGAUGAUCCAAAACAAUUGAAGGAACAAAACAAAAAAAUUUGUCAUCAAAUUUUGAAGAAUUGUUCCACUUAUCCAUUAUGGAUUCGAUAUCUACAUCUUUGCACAACAGUUGUAGAGAAAUUAUCAAUAUCGUUGGAAAUAUUGAUUCGAUUCAUGCAACCAAAUGGUAUUGAAUAUAAGAAUGAUAAUGAACGUUCGUUACGAAUCGUUGAAAUGGUAUUUUAUCGUAUUAAUUUAAUGCUUCAUUUGAAUCGUCAUCAAGAUGCAGUGAAAUUUUUCAACGAUAUUUUCAAUCCUACCUCAUCAUCAAUGGCUAUUUCUACCGAUUCGAAUACAACGACAAAAACAUUGGAUUUUGGCCUACUUAGUUCGCUGGUAAUCGCCGCACAUCGUUCAUUUGCAUGGCAUUGUUAUAUUCAUCUUGUCCUUUAUUCAUGUCUACCAUAUCAUUGUUUUGAUUUAUCCGGUAAUCGUGGACAAUUCUUACCCUUAUUGAAUACUGAACCAUUUAUAUUUGAAUGGAAUGAUAAUGAUGGUAUUAAUCGAUCAGAACUUUUAAUGAUUAAGAAAAUUUUUAAACGUGCUCUUCGUAAUUGUUGUCUUAAUGGUUCGAACGACAAUGAUUGUACAUCCAGAUGUUCAUGUCCGAAUCCAAUAGAUACUUGUUUUGCUUUACGUUUAAAUCUAACAAAUUUGAACAAAAUGCUCAUCAAAACUAUCGACGAUGAUGAUGGUGAUGGUGGUGAUAUCGAUCAAGAGGAAGAUGGUCUUGAUAAUUAUCUUGCAUUUAUUUUCAUCGAUCAAAAUCGAAAUAGUCGUUUGCUCAAUGAUCUACAUAUUCUCCAUUUAUUCGAAAUUGAUCUGGAAACCAAUUUUGCCACCGAUAAUAAUGAUAAUGAUAAUAAUAGCAAAAUGUUGACAUCUUCUGGAAUGGUAAAUUUGAUUGAAAAUUUUCAUCGUAAAUCAUCAUUGAAAUCAAAUCAUGAUUCUGUAAAUGCUGAAUUAUCUAUCAUUCAAACAAAAUUAAAAUUCAAUUAUUGGUUGGCAUUUUAUCAUCAACGACUUGGAAAUGUAAAGAAAUGUCGUGAAAUUCUUCGACAAAAUCUUUCAUAUUUUUAUGAAGAUUUUCAUAACGUGCAAAACAAUAAUGAUAAUGAUGAUUAUUAUAUCCGGCUAUAUGAAAAAAUUCUAUUCCAUAAAGAUGUUCUUAUGAUAAUGAUUGGUGGACAACAACAACAACAAUCGAUGAAUUUAGAUUUAAUUGAUCUACGUUUUCGAUUUCCAAAGUCAUCGCAACAGCAUAAUUCGCUUUACCUUUAUCUAUCAUACAUGCUUUAUAAUCACAUAACCACCUCGGAUGAUGGUGAUGGAGAAGCACAUUUUCUUCGAUUAGAUACUAUUUACACAACUGUGAUCAAUUCCUCGUGGAAUGAUAAUGACAAGGAUGGCAAUUUUGUCAAACUUUUAUCGUUCAACCAUUUUCUUAUGCUUUUGGAUUAUCCAUCAUCAACAACAUUUUGUGAUUCAUAUUUCAAAAUUAUCUAUGAAAAUCUUCGCCAUAUUUGCCUUACAUUCGGUGAUUGUGAUCCAACUUUCAUCUAUCAUCUGGUUAUGACUGUUGGUGAUUUUAUUCAACCAUCUGAUCGUCUCUAUUUUCUCAUUGAAUUAUGUCGACUUAAUCCAACGAAUAUGAUGUUAGUGCUUAAAGUUUGUAAUGAAGCUUUACAACAAAAGAAAAAAGAAACACUUUGGAAAUUGAUUGCCUACAUAGUUUAUGAACGAAAAAUUCGUCUACAUUGUUUGGAAUUUUGGAAAAUUGCCAUUUCAUUAUCGGUCGAACGUGGUGAUCAUCUCAAUGCACAUAAACUAUUUCAAUUGGCCAUCACGUUAAUGCCGUACAAUACAAUCUUAUGGGAUAUGCUAAAAAAUUAUGAAAAAAGCAUCGAUCACCAGGAACAUUUGGCGCAGAUACUAUCCUAUUAUCAUGAUUCAUUAGGCAUGGACAAUUUUGACGAUGGUAAUAACAAUGUUAAGAAAUCUAAUCAAUCCCAACAACAACAACAACAACAACAAUGAUGAUGACCAGAUGAGAAAUGAUUGAGAAAAAAUGGAUUAUCAUUUUUUUUGUGUAGGUGUGUCAUCAAAGGUAGGUUAGUAAGAUAGUUUGUGGAUUGGGAUGAAACAUUGAA